AUGCAUGUCUUCGUACUAGAUACACGCAGAUUUAUCCUAAAAUUUGCACAAAUUAUUGAUACGGCACCACUGCAACUGUAUAGCUCUGGCCUGAUUUUCGCACCACAUCGGGCAUUGAUCAGAGAGACUUUUAAGGGAGAACUCCCUGCUUGGUUAUCCAGAGGUCCAAAAAUAGAAGAGUAUUGGGAUCCAGAGAUUCAAACACUGGAGGGCCAUUCUAGCUUGGUUCUCUCGGUCGCCUUCUCAGGCAACGGCCAGCUGCUGGCAUCUGGCUCGCACGACAAAACAAUUAAGCUGUGGGAUGCGGCCACGGGGGCUCUCAAGCAUACAUUGAAGAGCCAUUUUGGCUUGGUUCUCUCAGUCGCCUUCUCAGGCAAUGGCCAGCUGCUGGCAUCCGGCUCCAACGACAAGACCAUCAAGCUGUGGGAUGCGGCCACGGGGGCUCUCAAGCAUACACUGGAGGGCCAUUCUGGUGCGGUUCUCUCAGUCGCCUUUUCAGGCAACGGCCAGCUGAUGGCAUCCGGCUCUAACGACAAGACCAUCAAGCUGUGGGAUGCGGCCACGGGCGCUCUUAAGCAUACACUGGAGGGCCAUUCUGGCUGGGUUCGCUCGGUCGCCUUCUCAGGCAACGGCCAGCUGCUGGCAUCCGGCUCCGACGACAAGACCAUUAAGCUGUGGGAUGCGGCCACGGGGGCUUCCAAGCAUACACUGAAGGGCCAUUCUGGUGUAGUUCUCUCAGUCACCUUCUUAGGCAACGGCCAGCUGCUGGCAUCCGGCUCCAACGACAAGACCAUCAAGCUGUGGGAUGCGGCCACGGGGGCUCUCAAGCAUACACUGAAGGGCCAUUCUGCUGCAGUUCACUCGGUCGCCUUCUCAUGCGACGGCCAGCUGCUGACAUCCGGCUCCAACGACAAGACCAUCAAGCUGUGGGAUGCGGCCACGGGGGCUCUCAAGCAUACACUGGAGGGCCAUUCUGGUGCGGUUCUCUCAGUCGCCUUCUCAGGCAACGGCCAGCCGCUGGUAUCUGGCUCGGCGGACACGACCAUCAAGCUGUGGGAUGCGGCCGCAGGCGCUCUCAAGCAUACACUGGAGGGCCAUUCUGGUACAGUUCGCUCGGUUGCCUUCUCAUGCGACGGCCAGCUGCUGGCAUCCGGCUCCAACGACAAGACCAUCAAGCUGUGGGAUGCGGCCACGGGGGCUCUCAAGCAUACACUGGAGGGCCAUUCUGGUGCAGUUCUCUCAGUCACCUUCUCAGGCAACGGCCAGCUGCUGGCAUCCGGCUCUGACGACAAGACCAUUAAGCUGUGGGAUGUGGCCACGGGGGCUCUUAUGCAUAUACUGGAGGGCUAUUCUGGCUGGGUUCGCUCGGUCGCCUUCUCAGGCAACGGCCAGCUGCUAGCAACCGGCUCCGACGACAAGACCAUUAAGCUGUGGGAUGCGGCCACGGGGGCUCUCAAGCAUACACUGAAGGGCCAUUCUGAUGCGGUUCUCUCAGUCGCCUUCUCAGGCAACGGCCAGCUGCUGGCAUCCGCCUCCAACGUCAAGCCCAUCAAGCUGUGGGAUGCGGCCACGGGGGCUCUCAAGCAUACACUGGAGGGCCAUACCGGUACAGUUCAUUCGGUCGCCUUCUCAGGCAACGGCCAGCUGCUGGCAUCUGGCUUGCACUACAAGACCAUCGAGCUGUGGGAUGCGGCCACGGGGGCUCUCAAGCAUACACUGAAGGGCCAUUCUGGUGCGGUUCUCUCAGUCGCCUUCUCAGGCAACGGCCAGCUGCUGGCAUCUGCCUCGGACGACAAGACCAUCAAGCUGUGGGAUGCGGCCACGGGGGCUCUCAAGCAUGACAUAAGCACUGACCACGUUGCAACCGACGUUGAAUUUUCGGAGCACCUGCCGCUAUUGAUUACUAACAUAGGAUCUUUCGAUAUCCGAAGCUGCUAUAAAAGCUUCCCAGCUUCCUCCGAGAAGGUGACAGAGGUAUCUCUGGGAGCAGAUCGAUGGGUUACUAUUCAGGGUCAAAGAGAGCUUUGGCUACCUCCAAAUUAUCACCCUUACUCGUCAACGGUUAAGAACAGUACUAUUGCACUUGGUAGCACGAGCGGCAGAGUUGCCAUAAUUACGUUCUCAGUCAUGUGA